CAGGUUUGUGCUCAGGCUAGGCAUGAUCAUGAUUAGACCCGUACACGGGGCCCAACGAAUACUCCCCCGUCGUAUACCAGUAUACGAUGGAGGAGUUUCGUUGGGCCCUGCUUACCAUGUUUAUCCGGGAUCAGCAUGGGCAUGAUGGGCAGGGGCAUCAAUUAGUAUAAGAUUCUGCCCAAUCAGAGAAGGCGUAGUUCUACACGCACACACGACGACUGUUUCGUGCUACUUACAGAGGAUCAAGUCGUUCGUGACUGAACGAUCAGCCAUGGAUCCAGCUCACGUUUCUCGUCUGAAGGAAGAGCAAGAACACUCACUAGAGGAGACAUUAGUCAGGAUAAAGAAGUGGAAGAAGUUUAUUGAUGACUACACAGCACUACAGGACAGGUUACGAACUCUGCCAGACAAAGUCACCCACAACAUUAUGGUGCCUUUUGGACCAGUUGCUUUCAUUCCAGGUCAUAUUGUCCACACCAAUGAAAUCAUGGUCCUCCUUGGAGACAACUGGUUUGCGGAACGAUCAGCCAAACAAGCUUGUGAAAUAAUCGACAGAAGGAAAGACCAUUUGAAAAGUAUGCUGUCAGACCUAGCCAAGCAGCGUCAUCUGCUGGAGUCUAGGCUAGGCUUUACGUCAGAGCUGAAGGACAUGAGCGAGAACAAGGGUGACCUGGUCGACAUCAGAGAGGAGUAUGACCCUGAGAAAGAGGCCAAGUGGAGAGAAGAGCGUAAGAAAAAAAGGAGAGAUGCUGCAGCAUUGAGCAGGCAAAGGAAGUCUCAAGGAGAAAGUGACCCAUCCUCCCGAGAGGCAUCCCUGGAGGCUCUGCCCAUCCAAAGAGAUGAUGCACAGAGUGAAUUGCAGAGCCAAACCUCAUCAGGGGGUUCUAGUCUUGGACAGGUGACAGAGGGAGGCGAAGGAGCUGCGGGAAGCAAGCACAGGGAUCCUGAGAUGACGGAAGAAGAGAUUUGGGCAAGUGGAGUCCGGGGGUUCAUGACUGAGGAGGAACUGUGGGCAAGGCUCGAUGAGCUGGAACAACAAGAGGAAGAAUUGGAUGAGCUGGCAUUAAUGUCGGAUGGUGAAGAGGACCAGACUAACGACAGUACUGAUGAGCAGCAUCCCCGUGUCAAUCAGGGAAGACAUGUGCGAUGGUGCGAUGAAGGUAACUCCGACAACGAAGAAAAUGAAAGUGACUCGCAAGGCAAACCACCGACGAUCACCUUCAAGCACACGCAAGAACCAGAUGCUGAUGACAAGGUCUCUUCAGAAUCAGCCGCCCCACCUAACCCCACUGAAGUUUCAACAGCGGUAAUGAGCCCAGCCGACAUCUACAAGCAGUACACAUCACUGGCUGCUCCAAGUCCAGACGGGGGAACCCCUGUCAUUGUAACCACCCCUCAGCAUAACCAGCCCUUGAAGUCUAUCUUGAAGACUAGUGUCAAACCCACGUCAGUGAGAGCGGUAGAGAGCGAGGAAGGGACGGAAACGAAGGAGACCAAAACUCCUGUCAUACUCCCAGCACCACUUUCAGCAUUUUCAGGUCAGGUGACUGAACGACCCCGUGCCUCUGCCAGUCAAGAUGCAGCUGCGACAAUACCACCAGAUGCAAAGGACCCCAAAGCUGCCCCGCCCAAGAGAGUGUCCCACUUUAAAGCAGCUAGGCAGCAGCGGAGGUGACAGGACAAGGACUGAAGCCGGGGAACCAGGACACAACACUCAUCCCCUGACCUCAUAAUGAGCAAUAUUGAAAGGAGAAUUCCUGCAGAAAGGAAUGACAAUGUGUGAAGCGUGUCCCCAGAAGACCUAAGCGGAGGCAUAUCAUUGUACAUGUAUAUCUAAAUAAUGCACACACCGAUUUGCAGACAGGAAUGGUGCAGAGCCUUGAAUUACAGAGUCAGAUAGCAGCUUUAGUAAUUGACCUUGAUAUUCAAAAGUCAGCCAUAUUGAAUUGAGAACAAGGUUAACUAUUUUAUUUUGGGAACUUGAGAAUAAAAAUGAAACUAAUAAAUGAAAGUUUAUGGCAUUAAUGUCAAAGAUGUUGAUGAAUAAUUUAGAGUAUGUGAUAAAUUAUGUCCGAAUGUUUUAAGCCUCAUUUAAAAAAAUGAAAACGAGGCAUAGAAUAAUUAAUAUUUAUAAAGCGCCUUUAACACAGAUCAAAGUACUGUACACUAUUAUUACUCCUGUUCACUGGGCCAUGGGCCACUGAAACAUUUCAAAUACCAUCUCAGGUCCCUGGGGAGUAUACAGCUUAAUGCAGCCACUAUUCGGCGCAUAGCGGCUAAAUCAACCAUAAUAACCAUCUCUGCCCUCACAGGUACCCAAUUACUCUUGGGUGGAGAGAGGCAAUGAGUGACGAAGUGCCUUGCCUAAAGGCACAUGCACCAUAUGACCCCAGGCUGGAUUGGAACUCACCGGCCGACUACGAAUCCUGACUACGAAUCCGAUACUCUUAACCACAAGGCCACAGCACUCCAUUCAAAAUAGUCUGGCACUAUCCCAUUAAAAGAAAUUACAGUGAAUAAGUUCAAUUCUGGGUACCUGGUAAAAAUGCCUUCCUUGUGAAUAAGGUCUGUUGUUGCGUGCUUAUUGUGAAGAGUAUUGCAAUGGGGUCUGAAUCUACUGUAAUGAACUACAAAGCUGCAAGAGUGUUCCCAAAUGGGACAUUUUGUUUACCACAAAUGGUAAAAGCAGUUUAGAAAUGGAAAAGAACCAAGGCAAAUGGGACUUCUUUGGACUAGGGUAGCCCAUACAAGCUAUGAAUGAUACCACAUACUCUGAAAUAUUUCUCCGAAAGACAUUUAGAUGCUCUAAAAGAUUUAAAGAGUUUAAAAGUGAAAAAGUCAGUAACAUCUAAUCCAGGUUUUCCUGGCUAAAUUCAUAAAACUAGUCAAAUUGGUAUCUUUAUGCCUAUUUCUUUAAACAAUGCAACAUGGAUCAUCAAAAUCGGAGUCCUUUGAAGGCAUUCAAGCAUUAAAAUCCAUUCUCAGACAUGCAUUUUUCGUAGUAUUUUUCAAUACAGAAUUUGUCGCUCAUUGUAAGGACAUACAAUUUUUCCAGAUUUGCAAGGAAUGGGUUAUUCCGUUUCACUUGUUCUUUUAAUAUUUUGUUCAUGGACAGUUUGGGAUCAUGCAGGCUCUGUUGCUAAGAUGUUAUUUCUAUUUUGACAAUUUACCUUUGCACUCAUUCAAAGAUAUUUUAUUGUCGCCAUUAAAUGUUCUGACUUUUUUCUGCUACUGGAUAAAAUUACAUUCCUUGUAAGUUGUUAUGAACUGGUAUUUGGAUUCAGGGCAAAAAAAACCUAAUUUGCCAUUUUUACAUUUUCAUAUUAGUCCAGACAUAUACUUAUUUGGUUACCAUGUCAUUAAAGCUUGCUUACUUUUUGACUAAUUGACAUCCUUUGUGUGUUCAGAAAUAUUCUGUGCUUCUUAAAGAUAAAACAAGAAUGCAUUUGACUCCAUUUUUGUGGGUUUGUGUGUUUUUAAUAAACUCCAAACAUAAGACAAAUCA